UUGAAAGAGAAGCAGAGGUGGGAGGGAGCAAUGAUGCAAAAAUCACCUAAAAAUCGGGGCGGGGAAAGAAAGCUACUGUCACUUAGGGAAGAACUAACUGCAAAAGUUGCCGCAGAAAGGUUGGGAGACCCGGCGGGUUCCCUAGCCCACUGGAAAGGAAGGAGUGCCAAGAGAAGCAGGACUUUUUCAAACUUCUGAUUCUGGAAGAUGCUGGACACAAACAUGGAACUAAUUUCCCCCCUGGUGAUUAUAAUCCUGGGUUGCGUCUCUCUGUUCUAUUUCCUUCAGCGGAAGCAUUUGCAUAGACCACCGUGCAUCAAGGGUUGGAUUCCUUGGUUUGGAGCUGGGUUUCAGUUUGGGGAAGCUCCUUUAGAAUUUAUAGAGAAAGCAAGAAUCAAGUAUGGACCAGUAUUUACAGUCUUCGCUGUUGGAAAGCGAAUGACCUUUGUUACAGAAGAAGAGGGAAUGACUGUGUUUCUAAAAUCCAAAAAUGUAAAUUUUGAACUAGCGAUCCAAAAUCCCAUCUACCGUACAGUAUCAAUUCCAAAGAAUAUCUUUUUAACACUGCAUGAAAAACUCUAUAUUAUGAUGAAAGGGAAAAUGGGGACUGGCAAUCUCUGUCAAAUAACUGGGCAACUGACUGAAGAAUUACAUGAACAACUGGAGAAUUUAGGCACUCAUGGGACAAUGGACCUGAACAUCUUCUUGAGGCAUGUUUUUUAUCCAGUCACAGUGAAUAUACUCUUUAAUAAAGGUUUGUUUUCCACAAACAAGAAGAAAAUGGAGGAGUUCCAUCAGCAGUUUCAAGCUUAUGAUGAAGGUUUUGAGUAUGGUUCCCAAAUACCAGAAUGUUUCCUAAGAAACUGGUCAAAAUCCAAAAAGUGGCUUUUAGCAAUGCUUGAGAAAAACACUCCAGUUAUAAAAGCGUACAAAUCUGCAAAUAUCAAUACCACG